AUGGCCGAUCAGAAUGUGGCCAUUAGUUUGAAUGCGGUAGUCUGGAUAUGUAACGUUGACAUCGAGAUGACAUCGUUUGUAGUAAUUGCGGGGAAAGAUGGCAUAAAUUCCGUUAUUAUGUCGUAUUUUCUUCGAGAACUUGUUCCUCGUGACAUAUCGCCGUCUACGUCUAGUGCUCCGUCACCGUCUCAGCUCGUGUCUGAACAAUAUGCUCAACUUAUCAAAAAAUACUAUCCAAUACGAACUAAGGGCAGCGUUUUGCGUUUGCCUUUAUCGAAGGAAACGGAAGAGUCACAGCGAGACAUCGGUCAACUGCCGCAGCUUUCCAACGAGCUUUCGACUGCCCUUCAUGUCGUUGGUCCUCCAUCCUCGUUUUCAACGAUUGCUAUCGCGAAAACGUUGUUGGCGAAAUAUGGCGAUUUGUUGGAAAAAAAGGAAACGGCGGAAGGUGGAGUGGACGAAUCGAAUCAUGUCGACAACGCUCGUGAAAGGGUAGAGACCUGCGAACAUGCUAAGGCUGACCAGCUGGUUUGUGUGGGUAUGUCGUGUGUGUUUGAUAUUCUACGACAACUUAGCCGACGAGAUCCGGAGCUCUGCGUUCAAGCACUCAACUCUCUUAUGACAUUAUUGCAGAAUUUACCAGUAGACUGCUUACGAAACGAGCCGAAACAGUCCGUCGAGACAAUGAUGAAGGUGUUGCGGGUAUUGCGUGAGGAAGGAUCACCAUCAGUUUGUUCCCGGGCGUCAAGUUGUCUAGCAGCUUUAGCGGUCUGUAGUGGUCUACCCGAUCAUCUUAUGGAUGCCGUCGAAGCGUUAAUCUGCACGCAACGGAAUGAACCUAAGAGCUUCGAUUCGUCAUAUGAUGAGCUUCAAGUGCCAGAGAAUCUGCAUCGCUUGAGCAUAAAAAUACAGUACAAAGCCCAUAAGGGAGCUGAAGUCGGGAGCAGCUCUUGGACGGAACGGCCUUUAGAUGAACAUAGGAUAUUGUGUAGUUUCGAUUUACCUACUUUGCCGAACGACUCGCCAUCUGAGACACCAGAUGACGAUAUGCGAUUGCAAGGUUCAAUAGCAUGUGACGGUACAUACGUAUAUGUACUGAACUAUGUUGGCUUCUAUAAGAUUGGAUCCGGCCUUCAAGAGACGGUUCUAGGAAAAUUAUAUGCUUCAAAUAGUUCUAUCAAAGCAACGUUAUACUGCCAACAGAUUGUGUGCAAACCGCCUUAUUUUCGGAUGGCUCGUCUUUCUAUCAUGCUUCUGUUACCUCACAAUCAACACUUCACGUAUGUCUUACGGUCACGCUAUCGCACUAAUCGAUUAUUGAUCGGUUGCUAUGUAUUUUUAAUACCUCUGAAUGAUUCAUUUGUACCGAUUGCUGAGCCAAAAUCCCGUCAUGCAGUUCGACUUACCGAUGUCUCUUUUUGCUGUCAUGGCGACACAAAAUCGUUGCCUUUUCAACUACCGAUGACCAUACCGAAGUAUUUACAUAAUCAAGCCGCCGAUUUACAUCUUGGCAAGGACAUAGCUUUUCUACAAUCACGAUCAGGAAAGAUCUAUUACGCUGGAAAUGGGAUCAAAUAUGGAUUGCAGGAAACCGGCACAACUUGGAUGGAAUUGGUACUGCCGGAAAGCAUCGUCCAAAUGUCGGUCGGUGCUGAAUACGUUCUAUUCCGAGCCGGUAGCGGCCAUGCUUGGAUCGCCGGUGGUGAUGAUGGCCGUAGAGCUGGAAAAUUGAGACGACUAACAACCAUCAAUAGGCGAAAAACUCAGUCGAUCAGCAGUGCCGCUGGUAGCUACGGCUACGUAACCGAUAACGGACGAGUUUAUGUUGGCGGACGGCAUGGGAUGAGUGUAUAUCCAGAAACGGGCCAGGUUUUAGGCUUGGAUGGUACACAUAUGUCAUCCCUUGCUCUUGGAAAGACUCACGCCGUAGCGAUCUCAAAACAGGGCUACGUCUACACAUGGGGUUUGAACAAUCUGAAUCAAUGUGGAAGAAUUGAGCAAGCGCCAGUAACAUCGUCAGUGUCACCUCGACGGCGCGGAUCUACGGUUGUGUGUGAACCAUCUGAACAUCUAUUUGUUAAGGAUAUUCCAUCAUACUGUACGCAAUGUGGAUUGUGUUCAGCUCGCGGAUCAGCUUGUCCGAUUCCUGCAUUUACCAGGAAGACUGGAACGUGUAGCUGUGGGCCUGGGGAAACGCCGUGCUUGAGGUGUGGGUUGUGUCGUUCGUGCGGUGAAUCUACACAACAGCGUCCAGCCGGUGAUACUCCCACUCGGACCCACUUGGCACCUGCUAGAGUUUCGAUAGUGAAAGCUCAACAGAAUGUCAAG